AUCGUAAUACGCGAUACAUUAUAUGAUGGAGCUGGAGAUAUAUAAACUUUAUACAAGACAUUUUGCUGUUAUGUGCUACGUUCAUCGGUGCAUGAGUGUUAAACUUGUACAACUAUAGAAAAGUUUCUAAUGUAGUGCAUAGUGUCCAUAUUGAACAUUGUUUUUUUAAUAUAAUAUAGAACAAAUUAAUAUUUUUCUUAUUAAAUAUUGAAAACCUAUUUCAAGCCAUUUUACUGUAAUGUUCUAUCGAUAACGUUGCGUGUUAUAUAAUAAUUAAUAACACGUUUCCUUCUAAACUGGGCAACUGACAAGUAAUAAUUACUGUACUACCGAUCAAUAUAGAUAAUCAAUGUAGAUAAGAUCUAUUGUCCAGGAAUCAAUUGCAUCGAAAUGAUAUUACAUAAAUGAAUUAAAUGUGUUGUUGUAAAUAAUUAUGAAAUGACUCUUAAUGUGCAUACAUGGUAAAUGUAAAAUCCGCACAAUAUUUUUUAGAUAGAUGUGAAUCUUUAGUUUAGAAUUUUCAGUAUACCAUCUCAUAUAUUACAUCUUGAGUAAUUAUAUAAUAAUAUAUUAAAAUUUGCGGGGCGAUCGAUUGUGCAAUACCGUUUUACGUUCAUUUCUAAAAUGUCUGCGAAAGUACCGCCGGAUGGAGGAUGGGGAUGGAUCGUUGCCAUGGCCGGUGCAUUAAACGGUUUAUCAACUAUUCCGAUUAUACAAGGUUUCGGAUUAGUAUUCAAGGAUAUGUUCGUUACACUUAAUCUAACAGCAACAGAUACAGCGAUUAUAAUCAAUGUGAAUCUGGCAUUCGGUAUGAUACUUGGCUUGAUUAAUGGACCUCUCUUGAAGACUUUCGGCUAUAGAAAAAUAGCAAUAGCGGGAAGUGUAAUGAACGCACUUGGGAUAACAUUAACAGCAUUCGCUAACAGUUUUACUCUCCUCAUCAUUUGUUACGGAAUCCUAGCCUCUGUUGGUAUGGCAAUGUCAAUGGCAGCAUUUUCCCUAGCAGUUAACUCUUAUUUUACUACAAAACGGAACCGAGCCAUAGGCUUCAUGAUGACCAUCAUAGGACUAGGUCCGAUUCUCAUGCCUCAACUAGCAUCUCUUUCACUCUCAUACUAUGGCACUCAGGGAACCGUCUUAUUAUUAGGCGCUUAUAGUUUACAUUCGAUGGUAGGCUGCUUGUUGCUGCAACCAAUUAAAUGGCAUAUGAAAAGUGUUCCCAUUUGCGAUGAUCACUCAUCAGAAUCAAUCAAUAAAAGUCCUGAACUUCUAACAACUAAAGAAGAAAUAUCAAAUCAUGAUGUGGAAGAAAAAAUAAAUAUACAUUCUAAAAAAGUAGCAAUAAAUAAUUAUCAAAGAACAAGAAAAAUAACAACAUCCAGCAUCGAUCAUGAUGUCGAUGUUGCAAGCAUUUAUGGAUUAGAUACACCUCCACCUCGAAAGAUUUCUAUGGAUGCCGAAAUAAACUUGUACAAUGUAAAGGACAUCGAGAUGACAGUAAUCAAUACGGGAUUAAAGAACAACCAUACAAAUUUGUAUGGGAAUCUGCAAUAUUUAAGAAAGCACAAUUUAGCGAGAAGUGUGGAUAGUAUCAAUCUUGGCAGCAGCUUCAAACUUUUUGAAGACUUUGCACCGACAACAAACAAAAAAUUGACUUUUAUUGACGAUAAUGAUACAAGUCAGAAAGCUUUGGAACAGAAUGCAUUAUUGGAAAAAGAAGAAGAUAUGGAUUCAACCGAAAACAAAAUCAGUAAUAAUGAAUCUAAACGCAAUUCCAUCUUUUACCGAAUCGUGCGACAAAUAUGUAACCUUUACGAUUUUGAUCUGUUGCGCGAUCCAAUUUAUGUAAACAUCAUGUUGGGGAUGUCGAUUGCGAUUUUCGCAGAGGCAAAUUUCUCGCUGUUAACACCGUUCAUUCUUGCUGACAUGGAUAUGAACACAGCGAAAAUUGCUACUAUCAUGAGCGUCAUCGCGAUAGUCGACCUCAUUAGCAGAUGCGCGGCUCCUUUUCUAGGAGAAUGGUUGCAUCAACCGCCUAGAAUAAUGUACCUGAUUAGCCUGAGCCUUCUGAUAAUUAGCAGAACCUCACUGAUUUUUACGAAUAGCUUCAUUUCGAUAGUGGCCGUUGCGAUCGGUCUAGGAUUGGCAAAAGGAAUUCGAUCGGUGUACAUGGUUUUAGUCGUGCCCAAUUACGUUCCCAUCCAAAAGUUACCUAACGCAUCAGGGAUUCAGAUGUUGACCAAUGGAAUGAUUCUUAUGUGUGCCGGACCUGUAUUUGGUUUAAUACGAGACAAUACUGGAAAUUAUACUAUUUGUAUUAUCUUAAUUAAUUGUGUGACUGCUCUUACGAUACUUAUCUGGACAGCGGAAAUUCUAAUCACACGGAGAAAAUCUAUACAGGAGAAGAUGUUGCCUAAAGUAGCUACAUGAUAAUAUUAAUUAGGUCAAAUAUAUAUAGCACAUAUAUAUAUAUAAUUUAUAAUGAUAUAUUUUGUAAAU